GGCAGCCAGCGGCGAGAGAAGCCUGAUCAUCUCACACAUCAGGGACAGAAAAGCAAUUUUGUUCGUAUUUCACAGUGAUGGCGGCGUAGUGCUAAAGAAAAGAGAGUUUAAUUGAAACUUUUUCCAUGGUUGAAAGUUGUAAUAAGGACCGUAGAAAAGAUUGGCAGUGGAAAGAUUAUUCGCGACGGUUUGUUGUUAGGUCGGAGUAUCCGAAAAACGGGGGUUGGGUUUUGUAGUUUUUUUUUUUUUUGAUUCUCCGGAAGAGUUUCCCUCAAGAGAUAUCACACACUUGGAUUGUCGGAGGAGGAAAACGGCGAGAAGGGGAAGAAUUUCGGAUUUUCUAUUUCCCGUUAGAAAUUGGAUGAUGGCAGCCGGAAAGGGCAGAAUUUAAACUUUGAAAUUGAAAUUUGCAUUCACAGAAUUUGGUCAAAAAACGACGAAGAAAUCUUUUUUCUGUACGCACACAAUCAGCGGCCAGCAGAAAAAAUCGUCCGAAAGCAAAGAAAGAAAACGAAGACGACGACGACGAAAAGAGGAGGGGACUGCUGCAAUUGCAAUUUUCUUGGCCAAUUUUUUUGUAUAUUGAGCUGAAUCCAGCUCGUCUUAAGCUUCAAAAUCCAGUCGGAUGCAUUACCUGCCACAAUCGGAAGUAUUUGAUUCAAGUGGCACUUCGUUAUCGCAACCGGAGUAUCCGGAACGGCGGCCAAUUCCGGGCGCUCGUUUGAAUCUUCAGAACCAGUUCCACUGGACUCUAUUUGGCCUACAAACUCCAAGGAAAGGGCAGUGCAUUAAAUGGUAAUGCAUGCCAGGAAACCGCAACGUUUAUUAAACGAUGGGUACCACCAGUCCCAUCAGUAUCAGAACUCCAAGUAUAGCUCCUCAAAGAGGGACUACGAACGAGAGGCUAGCAGAUCCGGUGGUUAUGGGCGUGACCGGGAUAACUCUCCGGCAGGAAGUUCGCUAAACAAUGGCAACUACAAGUCUAUCUCCCCGGACAUGGAUUCCCCGAGAGAUCGCGAUCGCGAACGAGAUCGUGAUCGCGAACGGGAUCGAGAUCGUGAUCGCAGCGAUCGGUACCAGUACGGUAUGAGUAAGAUGCGCGACAAGGAUCGUGACCGAGAUUAUAAGAAGGAUAAAUAUUCAGAUUCACUACGAUCACCGAAAGAUAAACGAAGCAGGAGCGAUAGAGACUCCGAUCAUCGGUCGAACCAUGAUCGACGUCUCAAACUAUCGGUAUCCGAGAAACGAGGUGGUUCCAGCUCGAACUCUGACGACCGUGAAAGGGAUCGCGAGCGUGAACGUAGCGAACGAGAGCGUGAACGAGAACGUGACCGUGAUAGGCUUCGCGACAGAGAUCGAGAUCGCGAUCGAGGAGGGGGAGGAGGAGGCAUCGGUGGAAACAGCGGAGGAAGUGGUGGGGGAGGUAUAAGUAAUAGUGGCGGAAUGAGUGGAGGCGGCAGUAGCAGCAUGGGUGGAGGGGCUAGUGGAAGCGGAGCAACCGGAGGGAUUGGUGGUGAGAGAGUUAAUCGCGUUGGCGAUUGGAGCGAACAUGUAAGCUCGUCGGGGAAGAAGUAUUACUACAACUGCAAGACCGAAGUUUCCCAAUGGGAGAAACCACGAGAAUGGAUAGAGAAGGAAAGCAGGAUCAUGUCGAAAGAUCGGGAAUACAGUAGAGACAAAGACCGAGAACGCGAGCGCGAUAGGAGUGAACGUGAACGAGUGGAUGAUCGAUAUUCUGCCAGCAGUCGAUCGGCUUCAUCGUACGGAAAGCAUUCCAACAGUAAAAAUAGUAACUCUAGAAUCCGAUGGCCUGCUCACGAGACUCACAGGCGGAGACAUGACGAAAAUCAAGAAAUGGACAUCAGCCCCGGCGACUCAACGCCAACCUCUGAAGCCAACUAUUCUCAUACGAGCACACCGACCAACCAACAAAGUGCGCAUGGCAUGAACAAUAGCAAUUCUGCCAACAAUGAUGGUGGUCCCAAUGCUGCCUCCGGAUUAAUGGCCAAUCAGUUGCCACGAUUACUGUCAAACCCGAUGGCCACCCAAAGCGGAGUCAUGCCGCCACAUUCACAGCAUCAAUCCCAAUCUUCGUCGAAUUAUGCCACAUCGGCAUCAACGGCGUCUCCAUCCGUACUGCAACAACAGCAACACCAUCAGCAACAGCACCUACAUGGUUCUAAUAACGAGCUGAUGCUGAGCUCAAACACACCGGGACCGCCAGGAUCAGGCUCGCAUCACCACCAUCAUGUGCAUCAUCCCCACCAUCAGCAGUUGCAACAGCAAAGCCAACAGUCUCCACAUUCUUCAAGUGCAUCUGUUUCUGGCUCGAAUACGAUUACAUCGUCCCAUGCCGUCUUGUCAAAACAUCUUCCUCAGACGUCCGGAAGCAGCAAAACUUCGGCAGAUCAUGGGGAACAUAUGCAGCAAAAAUCAUUGCAAGGAGUCAACAGUUCCUUGUCACGGCAGCUGAAUCCCAAUGGAACCGCAGUUGGACCGUCAGUGGAGGGUAACGCGAGUAGUAUAAGGGAGCAUGCCCUGAAUUCACCACUCUACAACGUUUCAAAUCUGUCUCACCCAUCCACACCGAUGUCGGCCGGCGGGUCCGGGCUGUUGAAUCACAGUAAUCAUCAGUCAAACAACCUUAAUACGUCCUCUUCGUCGGCCAAUUUGAGUGGGGGCAGUAAUAGUAGUCAACUGAUGAGUGGAGAUGGUCCGCCGACGCCUACGCAAGAAAUGGAUCUAGCAUUAACGGAUCACCGGAAGAUGGAAGGUACGAGUGCAAACACGACUAGCACUGUCAGCAGCCUGCAGGGCGUAAUGACUUCUUCACAAUGCGGCCGAUCUCAAGGACCGAAUCUAACGCCCAGUCUGGCCAAGUACUUCCGUGCAGAUUUGAUAUCCCACGUAACGGGAUGGCCGUCGGAGAUACUGGAGAAAACGAUUCAAAAACUAUCUGAAGAGGCACAUAUUUUGGGAGAUCUUCAGUGCAGCAAAGUAUCGGCAGAUUUAAAAUGUGCUAGGAGUUUAGUUAGGAUAACGGAAAUCACUGCAACUUUGCAAGAACAGAAAAUUAUGUAUCUACGACAGCAAAUUCGUAGACUAGAGGAGCUGAACUCGCAAAACUCUUUUAUGUCGUCUAAUGAUCUAUAGCGCUAUUAAAUAAAAAGUUAAAUUUAUAUAAAAAUAUAAAAAAUCUGCAAAAAAAAGUACUACAAAAAUCAUCCUUUCUUUUUAAAGGAAGAUCAACAUGGAACACGGUAAACAUCUAACGCAAACUAAAAUUAUUGAAAAAAUGUGCAUGUUAUGAGCGAUGCUGCGAAUGACUUGGAAAGAAAAAAACAAUCACGAACGAUUCAAAAUGCUGUUAUUAUCCAGCAGGACGAACAGAAAACAAGAUAAUGAUGAUACCUACAAGAAAACACAUCAAUGUAUAAAGUUCUAGAGGAAUUUUUUUUAGCAAACAAUCCCAACUCGAUGGAGUAGGAAACUGAAGUACAGUGAAAUCGUUCACUAAUUAUACCUUUAAAAAUAAUGACAAACAUACAAAUGUACACUUUGUAUUUUGAGGAUCUUAACUUGAAAGCAAAACGUAAUCCAAUAUGAAUCAUCAACUCAUAUUUUAAACUGUUAUUCUAUUAUGUCUCUAUAUUUGAAAUCAUAAAUAGAUUUUUUUUCUUUAAAAUAAAAAAUAUCAAGUCUUGUUUUCUGUAUGUUAAUAAAAAAAAUCAGCCCAUAACACACUUCGAAAAAAGAACAUUCACAAUUGAUAGUCUGAUGUUAAUUAAAAAAAGAAAGAACUUCUCGUUAGCACGCAAUUUGAUAAGCUGCGGAAGAGAGGAAACUUUUAUCGUAGAUAUUUACAGCUUCGGAAUUUUGUUUCUCUUUUUACGGCCGAAGUGUAAAAGCAAACUAGUGCAAAAGCUGCUCUUCCGCGAACUGUUUAGGAGACAAAUGAAAACAUGCAAAUUCUGAAACGGACGACAAAUUAAAAAAUAACCUUUAGAAGCACUUUCUAGAGAAAACAAAAUGAAAAUUCAAAACAAUGCUAAAAAAGUAGUCUAAAUAUUCAUGUAUAUUUCAUUACACAAUAAGUUAUUGCUAAGAGACAGCCCGAAACGUUAAUCAUAAAAUUAAUUGAAAAAUGAUGAAAUCGAGAAGUUUAUACCCGAAGAUCGUCGAUUUAUAGACUGCUUUCUCGAGAACUGCAAACCUAUUCACCUCUUUUGUGUACUGGACGGUUACAUAGAUGAAAAAGGCAUUUUAUUUGAAAACUUCUACAGCUGGCGAAUAUGAUCCAGCACGCUAAAAAAAAUUAAACAACAUACCUAUAAAAUUAUACAUCCUCUAAACAUCGGUGGGAAGUUGAUAAAAACAGCUUCAAGAGUUUCGGUUGGAGAUCCCUUGAACACCGAACAGCAAAGUCCGGCAAGUCCUUUUCAUUAUGAUAGACCUAUAAAUUACACACACUCACAAACUGAAAAGGAAAGCAACAUUGAAAACUACACCCACACACUAAUCGGAUUAUUCAACUGAGGAAAAAUAUGAAAUUAAAUAAGUCAUCAUAGGGAAGAAUAGUACAGUUUAGAAGUAUGGCAAAUAAUACAACAAAAGUAUAUUUAAAUCAACUAUUAA